AUGGUGGGGCCCGCCCAUUAUCUAAAGGAUUGUAUUUCACUGAUAGACCAACCAGAAGUGCCCAUGGAGACAGGCGACGCAUCAUCGAUGCUUCAUCUAGGGCGGAUGUGCUUUAGAAAGUUAGACCCUAUGGAAGACCAGGUUCCACCAACUUAUGAUAGUACGGUGGACUACAUAGCCCACUUCGUCAAUACAAGGCCUCUAAACAUACAUAGGCCAACAUAUCACACGGUCUCGCACCUAGAAACCAGUAAUGCCCUCCCUCCGCCACUCGCUUCAUCUGCUACUGUACCUAAACAAUCUACUGGUGCAGAAUUGCAUGAUCAAGCUCGGUUUUUAACGGAGACACUCAUGAGGCUGUCUGCUAGUGGCAAA